AUGUCAACAAUCUGGAAACAUGUUCAGCCUGGACCUCAGAUAGUAAGACAUAAAGUCAGCAGUACGUUGUGAACCAAUCAUCAAAAGACGUCCAAGACAAGUAGUUGAACUUCGUAAUACAUUAUUCUGAUAACACACCCCUUCCACCUCUUUCUCGGGAUGUGAUCAUCGAAAGCCCCUUACAGCAGAGUCACUUUGACACAAGCACACGGAGAAACAAUACAGCGUUAUCGCAACCCUAUCUGCGGUGUAGAAACGGACUUUGAGAACUUCUGAACUCGGCUGGACGGCUGCCGCGACACGAAGACGGAGGCCUAAGAACAGUCACUUUACACCACCUUCCGCCUGGGGCGUUCGCUUGGAUCAAUACUCUAACAGAAGCAAUGUGCAUUAUUUUUACAUUCUUCGGUUUAUUAUGUAUUUCAUCGAUUCAUAUAGUGUCCAGUCAAGUAUGUCCAUACGGGUGGAUUGACCGACCCCGGGGGGACAGCUGCUACAAGAUCGUCAUCAACAACAUUCGGGAUACAUGGAUAGGUUCCCGGAGUCAAUGCCAAGCGCUGCAGUCCACUAUGUAUAAACUGGACUCUGUGCAAGAAAGGGACUGGUUGAUGAAAACAUUGCGAAACGCCACCAGUGUGUUUCCGGAUGUGACGGACUGGUGGAGCGGUGUGUACAACAGAGGGGACGGUAAAGGAUGGCUGUGGGCUGCUGACGAUACCCCGAUAGACAAUUCACUCAUACAGUGGCUGGGAGGGACGGCUCCACCAAACGACGGUAACAAACACUGCGCCAUCGUCAACAGCCAGGGCUACAACUCAUCCAACUGUGUGUCUUGGCUUCGAGUCAUUUGCGAGAGACCAAAGAGCCAACCCCUUGUGUGUGACGUAGAUCACGACUGGGUGUACAACAACGGCAGCUGCUAUAAGCUCAUCACGGAGAAGAGGACCUGGUCUGAUGCUAGUACCCACUGCCAGACGUACAGCGCCCGGCUAAGCAAGAUUGAUGGGGAUACCUCCCAGGGCUUCUUGUCCAACAUGGCAAAGUCGAAAGGGAGUGAUUUGUGGAUAGGCCUGAAAACAACCCAGAAACAGGCCGGGGUCACGUGGACGUGGGAUGGUGGGGCGCCCCUCGUUUCCUCCAUCACCUACUGGGCUACAGAUGCCCCUGGCACUAUAGCAAAGAAUGAAAGAAACUCUACCUGUGCCAUUGUGGACAAAGGGAUGCGGAGGAAGCUAUCUUGGGUGGCAAUCAACUGUGACCAGUUAAACAACUAUGUUUGUCAGAAGCCACAAGGUGUAUGUCAGGACGGGUGGCUACAACAUCAAGAUUCCUGCUUCGCCUUCAACCCUCUAUUCAGUCUGCCCUGGGCGAGGGCGAAGAAGUUUUGUAGUGAUCAGGGGGCGUCUCUCCUCAGCCUCAAAAGCGCAUCUGACCAGGCUUUUAUACAGUUGUAUCUCAAAGAACAGGCUGGGGCUGGAAUAUCAAGUAUCUGGAUCGGCGCAAGUGAUAACAAUAAACCUGGGUCAUUCCAGUGGGUGGACGCGACGAGUAUUGCGGGGUACAAGAACUGGGCCCCCAGCAACCCGGUCAACAAGGCCGGCACACAGGACUGCGCUUACAUCGACACCACUGACAUCAGUGGCUUGUGGCAAACCUCGAGUGACUGCACACAGCUCAAGUCGUUUGUGUGUAUGAUUCCCGUCAACAAGCAAGUCUUCCAAAUCACCACUCCCAAACCUACGUUUUUUUGUGAUGACGGUUGGCAUGACUACGGCGGCAACUGCUUCUUCUUCAACAACACCGACUCGACGUGGAUAGUGGCGAGCGACACGUGUCAAGUCAACAUGGCGAACCUUGUGGUGAUCCCUGACGAAGGAACUCAGGCCUUUGUCCAUAGUCACGCAACGGAUGCGGACUACUGGAUUGGUCUUCAGGACAGACGCAAGGAAGGUGGCUGGACGUGGAUUGACGAUAAAACACCAUUUAACUACUCACAAUGGAACAAGAAUGAACCUAACAACCUAGGUAACGAAAACUGUGCUGCCAUCCUUGGAAACUGGGGGGCAGACCAGAACGGCAAGUGGAAUGACUAUGCAUGCAGCAAACCGUACAGCUUCAUCUGCCAGAAGGCUGCAACAAGUGUCGAAAAUGAUCCCAAUCGGUCGACUCUCGCACCAACACCUAAACCCGUAUUCAGCAAGAAAUGCGGUGCAUAUUGGGAAGAGUCUUCUGUGUCGGACUACUGUUACCAGUUCAACACCGCCCUGUUGUCGUGGAUGGACGCACGAGAGAUGUGCAUGCACCGUGGUGGUCAACUUGCCAGCAUCACCAGCCUCUCAGAACAGUUCUACAUAGCUGGUCGCAUCAGGGGCAUUUCCAUUGUGGGACUUUGGAUUGGGGCUAACGACCGUGACAGCGAAGGAGGAUGGGUCUGGGAAGAUAGAGCCCCUUUCGCCUACAUGAACUGGGUGCCAGGCGAGCCAAACGAUUACGGCAACAGCGAGGACUGUGGAUUCGUCGUCACCAACAAUGCCAGGUGGAACGACUUCAACUGCCAGAGGAGGAAUGGUUACAUUUGUAAAAAAUUAGGAAAUAUCCAGGCCACCACUGUACAGCCAACGACAUCACCAAUGACUCUGCCAGCCGGCAAGUUUUACGGGUGCAAGCCAGGGUGGAAGCCAUACCUCAACUCGUGCUACCUCGUGGUCAAGACGGAAGUCACGUGGCAGGCAGCGAGGACAGCCUGUCGAGCCGCCGGAGGAGACUUAGCCAGUGUCGCAAGUAAAACAGAAAACCAGUUCAUCAACAGCCAGAUCCAAAAAGAGAAAUGCGUGAAUGCGUAUUCCAACAACACCAAGUGCGAGGUAUGGGCUGAGAGUGGAGAGUGUCAGAAAAAUCCAAUAUGGAUGGCGGCCAACUGCAAAGACGCAUGCGCACUGUGUGAGUUUGUGUGCGCAGAUCGACACACUCUUGCUGAGUGCGCAGCAUGGGCGGACAUGGGCGAGUGCAGGAAGAACCCUGACUGGAUGCACGUGCACUGCGCAUUGUCAUGUGGCCGCUGUGAUCUGGGUUUCAAUGACGGAGUCUGGAUUGGUUUCAACGACCUCAAAAACACAAACUCCUUCGUAUGGACCAACGGUGACGUUAACAAGUUUACUAACUGGGCCCGGAACGAGCCUAACAACUACCAGGGCCAUGCAGAAGACUGCGUCGUUCUCUACAGCAAUGGAGCUCAGUGGAACGACGAUUCCUGUGACGCGAACCACGGCUAUGUGUGUAAGGCCUCCAAACAGGUGACGGCCGUCACGCAACAGUCGCCAUUUUCUGUGGGCUGUUCCAAUGUCAAGGGCAGCCUCGGGUAUCAGCACUACUGCUACCAGUUCAACAACAUCCCCUUGGCGUGGCAGGCAUCGGAGAACAUGUGCAAGACACGGGGAGGUCAUCUGGCAACAAUCAACUCGUAUGACGUCCAGUCAUUCAUUGCAUCCGAGCUGACCAAGAGGGACGACGUGUACUGGAUCGGCCUCACCGACGUCGCCGACCCUGGAAACUACACCUGGGCAACGGGGGACAAACUGCUAUACACGCCCUGGGACAAGAGUCACAACGGCUCUGAAAGAUCAACGUGUGUAGGCAUGAGGACCACCCUGCCCACUGGGCUCUGGCAGAACCUACAGUGUACCGUCAUCAAACCCUACAUCUGUCAGCUCCCGAGGCAGGGAUUCACCCCACCGCCGACAACCCCCACCCCCACCACCUCCGUCCCGCUCCCAUGCGCAUCUGGGUGGAGUGGGUAUCAGUCCUACUGCUACAAGGCGUUCAGGAUGAGCUCCAGCCAGCGGAAGACGUGGUCGGAGGCGCUGGUGUACUGCCAGGGUCUGUCUGGGAGUUUGGCCAGCAUCCACAGCAAGGAACUGGAGAAUUUCCUCCUCACCAACCUGCUUAGAUUUUACUACAACGCUAACUUCUGGGUGGGUCUUAGUGACAGAUCCGUGGAAGGCAGUUACGUGUGGUCUGACGGCACCCCCUUCGACUACAACAACUGGUACCGCGGCGAACCAAGCAACUCCGGCGGCAACGAAGACUGUGUGGAGUUUAACGAGUUCACCAAGCAAUGGAACGACAACAGCUGCUUUAUUGCCAAAGAUUUCAUCUGUGAGAUACCUCGCGGCACCACCGUCCCAACGACGACGAUACAGACGACCACGCCGAUUGUUGCAUGUGCGGGCACCGACAGCGGCUGGGACUACCACGCGGGCAGCUGUUACUUCAUCUCAGCGCCGUGGGGUGCGGACGCGAAGAAGUCGUGGUACGAAGCCCGACGAUACUGCAUGGGUAAGGGUGGUGACCUCGCCAGCAUUCACGACGUGGGCGUCAACAAUUUCCUUACAUCACUGAUAACAAAGAGGUCGAACGGUAUUUACUGGAUAGGCCUGAACCAGCUGGGAAUGGACAGUUAUGUCUGGUCGGACGGAUCAACAUCGAACUAUGUCAACUGGAAGCCGGGCGAGCCGAAUGAUGCGUACGGUGGUCAGCUGUGCGUGGACAUAUACGGAGGAGUCACCGCAGGACCAGGGUUAUGGAACGACGACAACUGCAUGGACAGCAACGGUUACAUCUGUAAGAAAUUCAACGGCACAACAUCCACGGUAACACCGCCACCAACACCGACACUGGCGGGAGGAUGUCCAUCGGGGUUCUCACCUCUUGACAACAAGUGCUUCAGCAUUGGCGGGAGCACUCUCGUGGAUCAGAAGAACUGGACCGAGGCGCGUGACCAGUGUCGUCAUCUUGGGAAAAACUACGACAUCGCCAGUAUAAGCAGUUAUAUCGAACAGGCGUUCUUGUUGAUGCUAAUGAAACAAGUUGGAAUCACCUCCACCAUAUGGAUCGGGCUGAACGACCAAAGCACCAACGGCCAUUAUGUAUGGCAGGACAACACGGAAGUGACGUACACAAACUGGAACAAGGGCGAACCUAGCGACCGCUACACGUACUCGCAUUACAACAGGGAGGACUGUGUGAGUGUGCUGAGCCAGCAAGGAGUGGGACUGGGCCGCUGGAACGAUGAAAAGUGUAGCGAGAAGAAGGCUUUCGUCUGUCAAACGUAUAAAAGUACCUCCUAUACGACCCCCACAGCCCAGACCACCUGUAAACCAGGAUACCAACAUUUCGGCACGAGCUGUUACCGUGUUGUGACGUCACCCGCCACGUGGCAGGCAGGACAGACGGCAUGCCAGGCCGACCAAGGGAACCUUGUGUCCAUCACCGACCUGUACGAACAGUCCUUCGUUGACACCAUAGCCCAUGUCGACAAUGUCAUGAGUGGCUUCUGGAUUGGACUUUCUGAUAAAAAGACUCCUGGUAUAUACGGGUGGUAUGACGGUUGGCCUGUUCUAUUUACACGGUGGGGUAAGGACGAACCGACUCGUAACGCCAUGGAGGGGUGUGUGGCACAACAGAGCCUGACCUGGAACGACACCUUGUGUGCCCGGAGUCUCCCUUUCAUCUGCGAAAUAAGCUCAACGACGCCCCCACCGACCACGCCCAUUCCCCCCGGCUUCUGUCCCGACAGGACGUGGACUGCCCAUGGCGACUACUGCUACUUCGCUGCCCCGAGUGAGCGGAAGUCGUGGCCAGAGGCCAACUUUCUGUGUCAUGAGAUGGGCAUGGAGCUGAUGACCGUUCACAGCCAGGCGGACCUAGACUUCAUAAAAACCCUGCUUGAGACCCAGUCGACGACCCCUAAAUACUCUUUCAGCUUCAUCUUCAGCAAACCCAACGUGUGGCUUGGUCUUAGAAAAUCCCAAGAUGGAGGGUUUAGAUGGAAUGACGGGACGCCAGCCAAUUUCUUCAAGUGGGCGCCCGGGGAACCCUCCGACGUGAACGGGACGAACAAAGAGACUUGCGUGGAAUACUACCGCAACACCUACACCUGGAACGACGUCUCCUGCUUCAACGACAGGUCGUACAUUUGCCAAACAAAGAAAACUAUUCCUUCAACAACCCCUUCUUCAACUACUACUACUACUACUACAACUACUACAACAACUACAACCACACCAAUAACUACAAAGCUAGAUACAUUCAAGCCGAACUUUAACGUUGGUUCUUCUACACAAUCGACCCGGAUCAUACCCCCUCCGAUAUCACGUCAUGAGAAACUACACACAGGCGCAGGUCAGGAUCUCACGGGCGGCCAGAUAGCUGGGAUAUUGAUCGGAGCAGCCGGUCUCAUUACCAUCAUCAUAGUCAUCGUAUUUAUCUUACGGCGUCGACGUGCACCUCCGCCCUCCUCGCCGACGUCAGGGUUUGACAACGCCCUCUACAGCAAGGAUGCAGAGAAUGUGUCCAUGUCCAAUGGGACAAACAAGAACAGUGUGUAUGUGAGUGGGGUACCGUCGGGGGAAUGCUGACAGUGACGGCCGACGCUGUUGAUGGAACUAUUUUGAAUAAGCAACGCCGAAAUAAGGUUAUAUUAAACUAACUUCGAUAGGGUUGACAUGAGACGUUUUUUUUGUCAUUACAUGGACUACUUUUAAUGUUGUCAUAGAACAGUUCGAGCCCUUUACGUUUUUCAUCUACAACUUAACAAUUCUCUGGAGUUUUAUAUCCCCCCGAGAACAUCAGAUACAAGAUUUAAUACUAUCGGCUUAACGAUGACGUUUGAGAUUUUACGAGUGCUUCCGAUGACCCUGAUUUCUCACAAUGACCAGCGUUCAUUUGCCAAAACCAAAUGUACUGAUACGAGAGUGAUUGUGUAUGGCUUUAUGCCGCUUUUAGCAAUAUUCCAGCAAUAUCAAGGCAGGGAAAUGAUAAAUGGGCCUUAAACAUUGUACCCAUGUGGAGAAUUCAACCCGGGUCUUCGCCCUGACAAGCGAACGCCUUAACCAUUAGGCUUCCCCACUGCCCCCUGAAAUAUAAAUUCCUGACAGAGAUGGUUAGUGACUUAUACCCAGAAGGCAAAUAUAUAGGUAUAUCUGUCUACAAUGAGUAUUUUUAAGAAAAUAGUUUUAUACCAAGAUAUUUAAGGGUGAUAUUACGUUAAUUUGUUUUACGGUAUGUUAUUAAUAUUCAUUGUUAUGAGGGCGUUAUGAAAUAGUUUAAGAUGUAGAUAAAGACUUGAAAAGGGGAUUGAAAAAACGGCAAAAUAGAACAGGUAUGUUGUGCUUGUCAAACAGUAUUGAUUUAGACAUUCACAUUUUCACAUUUAAUUGUUUUUCGUUGUGUACUGUCAGACAAUAUGCCUGACUCUUGAACCUGGUAUCAAUCUUGGUAUGCUACUGUUCAUGGUUAGGAGUGUGAUUUUGGAGAAUGGUUGGGAAUUACCAAACAGGACAAUUGUGAAAACAAUUAAGUGAUAAUGGUACAUAAAAACAUGUCGUUUUUGUGGAAUGGUUUCAAUUUUGUUAACAAUGUUUGUGACAAUGGAAACAUUUUCUCAUAAUCGUAAGUUGUAUCAAGACAGAAAGUCCAUUUAAUGUUCACCUGCUUUUUUAUGUCCAGAUGAAUUUAAUCUCACCACCUACGUUUUCAGUGUCAAUCAUCAUGUACCUUAUCAGCAAUCAUCACACCCUCUUUCAGUAUCAGUUGUAUUCCCAGAUACAUGGUGGUGUAAAUAAUUCCUUUAUUAGUCAUACGGUAAGUGUUAAAUUGAUUCUAUUUUCUACAGUCCCGAACUAGCACCGACUGUGUCACGGAGAAGCAUACCACUGGGGCGCUCAGCCUGAAGCACUCCUGACGUGUCCAGAUAGACAUAGUAUAGUACCUCAAAGGCACCUAUCAUUUGAUAGGAGGUAUCGUACGGGUAUAAAUGUUGGACAUGGUCUUAGUAUUGAACAUGCUGAGAAAUAUAUGUUCCAUAAAAAACAUACGGUUCCUGCUUUCAAAUAAAAAUAUUGUAUAUCUUAUCAUAUCUUAUUUUAAUAAUAAUAAUAAUAAUAAUAAUAAUGAUAAUAAUAAUAAAAAUAAAAAUAAUAAUAAAAUAAAAGCGACAAAACCAUUUCCAUAUUCAAUAGAAACAGUGACCAAAAAGCCUUUUGAAAAAAAUAGAAAAUCCCUCCCACUUAUCAAUGAAGUGGGUUUUUUUUAUUAAAUGGAAUUGUCCUCAAUGUCUCACUCAGUAUGAAUAACCCAGGCUCUGAAUAGCGAUGUUUUACAUUAUACUAUUAAAACUAAGUUGAGGAUUUCUUACUUAAUACUGAACUUAAUCUGUCAUGGCAUAUGACUGCCACAUACUAGGAACAUUGUUUUUUACAUUAUAUAUGAAGGGUCGGAGUGAGGAGAAUCCGUUUUUUCUUGUUCUGUAUACAAAAGUUCGGUAGAAGAAAAAUACAAAUUAUUAGUAUAUACCUCCCUGGUGAAUAUAUCAUUUCACAUCGGCACCCAUCGCACGUGUCAUUCUUCUGUGCAUAUUAACAAGGGUUAUGUUGCACGUGGGCGAGUGAAAGGUCGUGGUAUAAACGAAAGUGUAAAUACCGAAUGAAUGUGAACAUUUUCCUGUGCAUUCCCUGAAGGACCAAACCAAUAACCCGUCUGUGUUUGUGUCAUUCGUUUCCAAUUUGUGAACAAUUUCAGUACUCACGAAUAGCUCCCCUUUUGUAAAUUUCUAGCUAGAUUUGCAUGAAACGUGUAACACCUGUCACGAGUUUGUCCAUCAAGUUCUCGAAACCUUUUGUAAGGGGGAUAACUCUUGAUAACCACAAAGAGCCAUCGUCCAAUUUUUAUUCGAUAUUAGAUGCAGACGGGUGACUGUUCCUAGCGUUAUAGAUAUUUAGUUCGGAGCUUGUUUUUCUUUGCAUUGUACAUAGCAUUUAACUUACUAUUUUAUAUCAUUAACAUUAUUCUUUAUGUACAUUUAUUUCCUUGGAAACUUUGUAUGUUAUUCUCUUAUUAAAGACAUGGAUUCUGUU